AUGUCCGACGCGCGCGCGAGAGGUUUGGUGGAUUAUUUGAACGCGUCGUGGACGCCGUAUCACGCGGUGAAGACGUCGUGCGAUGCGUUAAUCGCGAAUGGAUUCACCGAGCUCGACGAACGCGAGGCGUGGUCGUUGACGCCCGGUGGAAGGUAUUUUUACACCAGGAACGCGAGCGCGGUCGUGGCGUUCGCGAUCGGUGGUGGGUACGGUCCGGGGGAUGGGUUCGUCGUGAUCGGGGCGCACACCGAUUCGCCGUGUCCAAAGUUGAAGCCGACGUCGCGGAGCGAGAGCGGCGAUUGCGUUCGCGUCGGCGUGCAGCCGUACGGCGGAGGUCUGUGGCACACGUGGUUUGAUCGAGAUUUAGGCGUCGCCGGACGCGUGGUGGUGCGUGAUAAGACCUCCGGUCGGGUCUUACAUCGAUUGGUGCGGAUUGAUCGAGCCAUCUGUCGGAUCCCGACGCUCGCGAUUCACUUGGACAGAGGCGUGAACACGGAGGGGAUGAAGGUGAACUUUCAGCAGCACAUGGCGCCCGUGUUGGCGACGAAGGCGAAGGCAGAGGGUGAGAAGAACGAGGACGAAGGCAAGGCGGCGACAGGGGGCCGGCACCACCCAUUGCUGCUGCGGAUGAUCGCCGACGAGUUGAAGUGCGAACCGGAGGAUAUUGUCGAUUUCGAUUUGCAGCUAUGCGAUACGCAACCGAGUGCGAUUGGAGGCGCGCAAAACGAAUUCAUCUACAGCGGUCGAUUGGAUAACUUAGCGAGCUGUUAUACCUCGCUCCAGGCACUCCUGAAUGCGUCGACGGACGACGCCUUGGCCGGGGCUUCGGGCGUGCGCAUGAUCAUGCACUUUGACCACGAAGAGGUCGGGAGCGAGUCCACGAGCGGCGCCGCCGGGGCGAUGACCACGGACGCAAUCAAGCGCAUCGCCGCCGCGCUGAAUCCCAACGCAGUAGAAGGUUUGGAUGAACGCACGCGCCGCGCAUCGUUCUGCGUCAGCUCGGACAUGGCGCACGCGUUGCAUCCAAACUACACGGAUCGACAUGAACCGGCGCACACGCCGAAGCUUCAUGGCGGGUUGGUGAUCAAGCACAACGCCAAUCAGCGCUACGCCACCGAUGCUGUGACAGCUUUCAUGUUCCGUGAGCUCGGUGAACGUGUGGGCGUCCCCGUCCAGGAGUUCGUGGUCAAGAGCGACAUGGGGUGCGGCUCCACCAUUGGUCCAAUUUUUUCUACUCGCACCGGCAUUCGCACCGUGGAUGUCGGCGCCGCGCAGCUCUCGAUGCACUCCAUUCGCGAGGUUUGCGGUACCGACGACGUCGAACACGCCAUCAAGCACUUCACAUCCACCUUUAUGAACUUCCUCGAUCUCGAUCGUACUUUCAUCGUCGACGGCGCGGUCGGCACCUUGUGUCGCCCGUGCAACUUGUACGAAUCAACCGACGUCUCGCCCGGCGCCGCUGAUCGAAUCGGCGACGACGAUCGCACGUACGCCACGUGA